GUUGGUAAGUUAAUGUCCGAUUCCAAUCGAAUUAUAAAUUCACGUUCAUCCGAACAUAAUUGUAAAUAUUUGCAUUCAAUUUACAUUCAUGAGUAGCAGGUAUAGGUAUAGGAACAAUAUGUAUGUACCUAAAACAGAACCAAUACCGUGAAUACUCCACAAAAGACUAUUGUAGGUAUAUUGGCACUUGAAAAAAUGUAUUGCCUUAUCGUUUGUGAUAAAUCGUUCGGAGUGUUUGAAUAUAAACUGAUAUAUCGUCAUCAAUAUUCAUAUGAAAGAUAAGCUGUGUCUUUGUUUAGUUCUCGCAGCUCCUGUAUAGUAGAUCCAGUUGAUCAAACAUGACACCAUCAGCCUACUUGGCAGUCUUAUUGGCAAUCGCUUCACCAACCAUCAUACAAGCUCUGGACAAUGGUCUGGCUAGAACCCCUCCAAUGGGAUGGAUGCACUGGCAAAGAUUCAGAUGUCUCAUCGACUGUCAAGCCUACCCCGACGAAUGCAUAAGCGAGAGACUGUUUCGUACAAUGGCAGAACGUUUGGCAACGGAUGGUUACCUGCAAGCUGGCUACGAAUACAUAAUGAUCGAUGACUGCUGGGCUUCGAAAGAAAGAGAUAGCGAUGGGAAGCUACAACCUGACCCAGAUCGUUUCCCAAAUGGUAUUAAGCCCCUAGCUGACUAUGUGCAUUCGCUAGGUCUGAAAUUCGGCAUUUACGGUGACUACGGAAUACUCACCUGUGGUGGAUACCCUGGUAGCAAAUACCAUCUGGAGGUGGACGCCAAUACAUUCGCAGAAUGGGGAGUGGAUUACCUGAAAUUAGACGGAUGUUACACAGAUUUUCACAAUAUAGAAGAAGGUUAUGUGGAAAUGGGUAAAUACUUGAAUGCAACUGGUCGACCUAUCACUUAUUCUUGUAGUUGGCCUGCCUAUCAAGAACCAGAAGGAUUGAAAUCAAACUACACAAAACUAGCAGAGACGUGCAACCUUUGGAGAAACUGGGACGACAUAGAAGACUCAUGGGACAACGUCACCGAUAUCGUAGAUUGGUUCAGUGGAAACCAGGACCGCAUCGCGAAUUUUUCGGGCCCUGGACACUGGAACGAUCCAGACAUGCUGCUGAUAGGCAACUAUGGAUUGAGUUACGAGCAAAGUAAGGCACAGAUGGCGGUUUGGGCAGUGAUGGCCGCCCCGCUGAUAAUGUCCGUAGAUUUGAGAACCAUUGAGCCCCAGAUGAAGAACAUUCUACUCAACGCAGAGGCCAUAAGGGUGAACCAAGACCCUUUGGGAAUCAUGGGACGACUCGUUUUGAAAAAAGAAAAAAUUGAUAUUUGGACUAAACCAGUGUUGCCGAUUGUGAAAGGGACGAAUUCUUAUGCGGUUGCAUUGAUGAGCCGUAGGGUGGAUGGGUACCCUCGUAGAAUCAACGUCACUUUAUCCGAGUUGAAUAUAACACACCCUGGCGGUUUUAUACUAAAAGAUAUCUUCAGCCCUCAAAAUGAACCAGUUGCCCAUAAAGAUAAAGACGUCAUCUUCAUUAGAGUACCGCCCACUGGUGGACUUUUAUUAUUAGCAACACCACGGUGAAGAUACAUCAGGAAUAAGCUGAACAAUCAUUGAAAUAACAUAUGAGGUGUAAUUUCCGGAAAUAGGCAUUAAAAGAUCUUAUCUUAUCUGUAUGACAUUUUUAUAUUUUUCUUAGAUUUGAAAAAAGGAAGAAGAUAAUUACUUAUUCAUCAAUAAAUGAAAAAUCAUGAGU